AUGCCGCUAUUAGACACCAUGUCUUCUCAGCCUAAGCAGGACCAACAUAUACUUAUUGCGCCCAAGUUCCCACCUACUAUAGACAUGAUUGAGUUAAUUUCUAAAAAAUCGCCUGAUGGCAGAAUUCCUUCCCGAGCGCCAAACGCAUUCAUCAUCUAUCGAAAGGUUUAUGUAGAAACAGCACGCGAGAAGGGACAUUUUUUACCCAUGACUAUUGUAUCCGCUAUGGCAUCACAAAGUUGGGAAUCUGCAGACGAAAUUGUUAAAGCUGAAUACCGACGAAUUGCUAAAGAAGCGUUGAGGGUUCGUAAUGAAAUGUAUCCUAAAUCUGGGAGAAGAAAGAGAAAAGAUAGAUGGAACAUUGUGAGUUUCGAUCCUCCGGCACCUCCACCGAAUAAAAAUGACAGGAGACGCAAAAAUGUUAAGAAUAAUGCAAAAAACAUUAAAGACGUAAAAAUUAAUAGGAAUAUCGAAACUAUUAAAGAUACUAGCCCUGUUAUUUUUGACACAAAUUUCAUACCCGAACUUUCAUAUUCGAAUACGUUACCUAUGUAUACAAACAAUCCUUCGACUUCGAAUCCCAAUUUAUCUACAUCGUUAUACGAAAAAUAUUUAGCAAAAACAGACUUUAAUGCCAAUAAUGCAUUUAAUGACAAAAUCGACUUUAAUGUUAAUAAUGCAUUUGAUAACCAAACAUCACCAGAUCUACAAAAUUUACCAAAUUUACCAAUUGUAAACACAUCGACUAGUUCGAAUAUUUUUACUACUGUACCCAAUGUACCCAAUACUAUUAUCGUUGAUGAUCAAACCCCCGGUCAGUGCAUUCAUCUUUUACCUAAUAAAAUUACUGAAAAUGACUUGGGUACAUACAUACGUAGGUAG